AUGAACGCUCUCCGAACAAGUUCCGCAUUCGCUCGUCGGUCCCUCGCGACCCCUCCCGCCCCUCUCACUUCUACUCGUCUUCUCUCUUCCACCUCUUUCACUUCUUCAUCUACCUCUCGAUCCAUCUCUUCCGCUUCUCUCUCCCGCACUAAUCGAGUUGCAUCUGCCCGCUGGUCCGGUUCGAUCCCUUCGUUGUACACCACUCAAGUUCGCACUAUGGCUUCCGAAACCAAGAUCAAGGUCCAAAGUCCUUUGGUGGAAUUGGACGGUGAUGAGAUGACCCGCAUCAUCUGGCAAGAAAUCAGAGAAAAGUUGAUUCUGCCCUACCUCGAUGUCGACCUCAAGUACUACGAUCUCGGUAUUGAGUACCGUGACCAGACCGAUGACCAGGUCACCGUUGAUGCCGCCGAGGCUAUCAAGAAGUACGGUGUCGGUGUCAAGUGCGCCACCAUCACCCCCGAUGAGGCCCGUGUUGAGGAGUUCAAGCUGAAGAAGAUGUGGCUCUCCCCCAACGGAACCAUCCGUAACAUCCUUGGCGGUACCGUGUUCCGUGAGCCCAUUGUCAUUCCCCGCAUCCCCCGUCUGGUCCCUGGCUGGACUAAGCCCAUCGUCAUUGGUCGCCACGCCUUCGGUGACCAGUACCGUGCCCAGGACCGGGUCAUCCCCGGCCCCGGUAAGCUCGAGCUCGUCUACACCCCGGCCGGUGGUGAGCCCGAGCGCGUCCAGGUCUACGACUUCCAGGGUGGUGGUGUCACCCAGUGCCAGUACAACACUGAUGACUCCAUUGCUGGCUUCGCCCACUCCUCCUUCCAGAUGGCUCUCAUGAAGGGUCUCCCCUUGUACAUGAGCACCAAGAACACCAUCCUCAAGAAGUACGAUGGUCGUUUCAAGGACAUCUUCGAGGAGAUCUUCCAGAAGGACUACAAGAAGGACUUCGAUGCCAAGGGUAUCUGGUACGAGCACCGUCUCAUCGACGACAUGGUCGCCCAGAUGAUCAAGUCCGAGGGUGGCUUCGUCAUGGCUCUGAAGAACUACGACGGUGACGUCCAAUCCGACAUCGUCGCCCAGGGCUUCGGCUCCCUCGGUCUCAUGACCUCCACCCUGGCCACCCCCACCGGUGAGGCCUUCGAGUCCGAGGCCGCCCACGGCACCGUGACCCGUCACUACCGCGAGCACCAGAAGGGCCGCGAGACCUCCACCAACCCCAUCGCCUCCAUCUUCGCCUGGACCCGCGGUCUGAUCCAGCGCGGUAAGCUCGACAACACCCCCGACGUUGUCUCCUUCGCCGAGGAGCUCGAGCGCGCCUGCGUUGACGUCGUCAACGAGGAGUCCAUCAUGACCAAGGACCUUGCCCUGGCCUGUGGCCGCAAGGAACGCGAGGCCUGGGUUACUACUGGCGAGUACAUGGCUGCCGUUGAGCGGAGGCUGAAGGCCAACCUCAAGGCUCGCCUGUAA